AUGACAGGCUGCCAUUUACCUCUAGUGAUGAAGUCUUCAACAGGCCUGGCUGUCCACACUGAGGUGAGUUAUGACCCCUUUAGACCUGCUUUAACUGGUUUCCUGGAGGAUUUGGGCCUGUCUUGUGGAGAACUAUCCUUAGAGCAGCUCUACCUCUCAAUGUGACCUGUUAUGCUGUAUCUAACAAGCCAAAUUGUUACACAUAAGUAAACAUUUUAACAAUACCCAAUUGUUAUCAAUCAAUUGUAUUGGUUUUAUGCUUUAUUGAUGAUGUUGUGGAUAGCUCAAUAGAUAGACUAAUAGUACGGAUUACAAUUAUACUAACAUGGCAAUUUUUUAUGUCUGAUUCAAACAUCACAUUUUUUAAAGAAGAAAUUGUCUUGAAGCCAAAUUUGGGAACCUGGAAUUUAGUCUUGAGGGAAAUAAGUCACUCAGUGACACAGAACAAGAAUAUCUCAGGUCCACUCUACCUCAUUUCUUUCCUCUCUCUCACUUUACCUCUCUCCCUCCCAUGCCGCUCUCCUCUCCAUCUCUCAAACACUCUCUCUGUCUUCGAGCUCCUAAUAGCUAUUUUAUUACCUCACCUACUCAGUUACCUAAGUACAGUGCAUUGGGAAAGUAUUCAGACCCCUGGACUUUUUCCACAUUUUGUUACGUUAAAGCCUUAUUCUAAAAUGGAUUAAAUUGUUUUUUCCCCUCAUCAAUCUACACACAAUACCCCAUAAUGACAAAGCAAAAACAGGUUUUUAGACAUUGUUGCAAAUGUAUAAAAAAAAAAAAAACGGAAAUAUCACAUUUACAUAAAUAUUCAGACCCUUUACUCAGUACUUUGUUGAAGCACCUUUGGCAGCGAUUACAGCCUUGAGUCUUCUUGGGUAUGACGCUACAAGCUUGGCACACCUGUAUUUGGGGACUUUCUCCCAUUCUUCUCUGCACAACUCAAGCUCUGUCAUGUUGGAUGGGGAGCGUCGCUGCACAGCUUUUUUCAUGUCUCUCCAGAGAUGUUCUAUCGGGUUCAAGUCCGGGCUCUGGCUGGGCCACUCAAGGACAUUCAGAGACUUGUCCCAAAGACACUCCUGCAUUGUCUUGAUUGUGUGAUUAGGGUCGUUGUCCUGUUGGAAAGUGAACCUUUGCCCCAGUCUGAGGUCCUGAGCGCUCUGGAGCAGGUUUUCAUCAAGGAUCUCUCUUUACUUUGCUCCAUUCAUCUUUCCCUCGAUCCUGACUAGUCUCCCAGUCCCUGCCGCUGAAAAACAUCCCCACAGCAUGAUGCUGCCACCACCAUGCUUCGCCGUAGGGAUGGUGCCAGCUUUCCUCCAGACGUGAUGCUUGGUAUUCAGGCCAAAGACUUCAAUCUUGGUUUCAUCAGACCAGAGAAUCUUGUUUCUCAUGGUCUGAGAGUCCUUUAUGUGCCUUUUGGCAAACUCCAAGUGGGCUGUCAUGUGCCUUUUACUGAGGAGUGGCUUUCGUCUGGCCACUCUACCAUAAAGGCCUGAUUGGUGGAGUGCUGCAGAGAUGAUUGUCCUUCUGGAAUGUUCUCACAUCUCCACAGAGGAACUCUGGAGCUCUGUCAGAUUGACCAUCGGGUUCUUGGUCACCUCCCUGACCAAGGCCCUUCUCCCCCGAUUGCUCAGUUUGGCCGAGGGGCCAGUUCUAGUCUUGGUGGUUCCAAACUUCUUCCAUUUUAGAAUGAUGGAGGCCACUGUGUUCUUGGGAACCUUCAAUGCUGCAGAAAUGUUUUGGUACCCUUCCCCAGAUCUUUGCCUCGACACAAUCCUGUCUCGGAGCUGUACGGACAAUUCCUUCAAUCUCAUGAGUUGGUUUUUGCUCUGACAUGCACUGUCAACUCUGGGACCUUAUAUAGACAGGUAUGUGCCUUUCCAAAUUAUGUCCAAUCAAUUUAAUUGAUUGGUCCUCUGUAGCUCAGCUGGUAGAGCACGGCACUUGUAAUGCCAGGGUAGUGGGUUCGAUCCCCGGGACCACCCAUACACAAAAAUGUAUGCACGCAUGACUGUAAGUCGCUUUGGAUAAAAGUGUCUGCUAAAUGGCAUAUUAUUAUUAUUAUUAUAUUAUUAUAUAUUAUUAUUAAUUUACCACAGGUGGACUAUAAUCAAGUUGUAGAAACAUCUCAAGGAUGAUCAAUGGAAACAGGAUGCACCUGAGCUCAGUUUCAAGUCUCAUAGCAAAGGGUCUGAAUACUCAUAUAAAUAAGGUAUUUCUGUUUUUUAUUUUUUAUACAUUUGCAAAAAUUUCUAGAAACCUGUUUGUGCUUUGUCGUUAUGGGAUAUUGUGUGUAGAUUGAUGAUAAUUUUUUUUGUAUAUAUCAUUUUUAGAAUAAGGCUGUAACGUAACAAAAUGUGGGAAAAGGGAAGGGGCCUGAAUACUUUCCGAACACACUGUAUAUAUUCCUCAACCAUGUUCACGCUAUAUGUCCUCUCUCUAUGCAGGUCCACUCCAUUUCUCCCUUGUCUCCCUCUUUCGCUCUUCCAUCUCUGCCUCUUGCAGCUUUUAGCCAACUCAUGUUUGACAUUCAGUGGGCAAAUAUUGGGCUUUUUAGCUAGUUCUGUCCAGGAGCGAUACGAGCUCCAGUUUUAGUUAACGGUGGCUGAACAUCCCUGCCCCGAGAGCGCCUGUCAGUCCAUCCACAUCACGAGUCAGCGCACGGGGAGGAGAGGGAGGGGAGGGUUCUGAUAUUUCUUAAUCUCUUGUUUCUUCCUAUCUAUUUUUCUAAGGGAUUAUUUGUGUAUUAGUAUUAUCAUUAGAUAUUAGUAUUGUACUAUUUACACUUACUUCACUGUUGGAGCUAGAAACAAGCAUUUCGCUGCACCUGCUUUAACAUCUGCUAAUCUGUGUAAAUAAAUACACUUUGAUUUGAUUGAGAUUUUUGGGGUAUGGACAGGAAUGGGGUUUUGUGCACUUAAUUGUAGGCUGUAAUAGUUUAAUUCCUGUUUUAACAGUAGGCCUACAAUACAUCUUGAUUUACAAUACAAUUCACCCACAGCUCUUAAGAAUAGAGGUAGUAUUCUCUUUCAUUGUACCCCCUCCUGACCAUACUAAUAGCUUUCUUAAUGGAGGAUCACAGCAUUAAUUAAGAUAUUCUUACAUUUUAGUCAUUUAGCAGACGCUCUUAUCCAGAGCGACUUACAUUGGUGUAUUCAUCUUAAGAUAGCUAGGUGAGACAACAACAUAUCACAGUCGUAGUAAGUACAUUUUCCCUCGACAAAGUUGUUAUCAGCAAAGUCACUGCUAGUAGGAAAAGACAAGUGCAUUUUUUUUCUUAAUGGAGGAUCUCAGCAUUAAUGAAGACUGUAACCUAUCGCAUAUAGAGAGCCUUUGUACUGGCGGAACGUCCCUCGGAAAACACUUCAACAGGGACUAUUCAAGUCAAAUGGAUUGUGAUCACUGUUGUGAGCCAGUUAAAGUGAGUGUUCCCUUUUUCUGUCUUUGGCAAAAUAUCAAGCAGCUUGUUUAAAUGUCAGAGUGUAGGGUUUGGCAGAGACAGGGGUAGGGGUAGGGAGUGGAGAGAGGGGAUGUGGCUGUGAAACAUUACCCUUUCAGAAUCAAGAAUGACUGCGGCUAAUUAACAGAGCUUAUGUCACAUUCAUGUCAAUGACCUUAUCCAGGGGGCUGGGGUGACGGGAGGGGACUGAGCCUUGAAGGUUGUACAGGUAAAUAGUGUGGUUGUUUAUUCAUAUGCUGUACAGUACGUUCCAAACCCAAGAGUCAUAUACAACCACAGCCCUGGUGAAGCAGUCAUGUAUGGUAGCAAGUGGGCAGUACAACCCUGUUACACUCUAAAACUGUGCAGGUGCAUGGUUUUAAAAACUUUUGGGGUGACAGAACACUAAAUCGCCCCGCAGAAAAGCAUCUGUUACUUCCCUUGUAGUUUUAGGGAGGGAAAAACAACUUUGUGGAAGAUCGAGGACUUUCACUCCUAAGACCUGAGAAACAAAAUAAAGGUUGUUCUCACACUACUUGCUAUUCAGGCUGAGUGAUUUAGACUUCUAUUUUUUGACAUUCCUCUCUCAAUGUUUUCCUCCCAAAAUAUUCACUUUCAAACAUGAGUGAACAUAAUUAUAGCAUCUCCCUCCACACCCGCUCGGCUCUAAUCUUCAUUUCAUCCAGCUCUGUGAGGACUGCAGUCUUCCGUUGACUGACCUUGCGGUGUGUUUCCUCAUCUUUUGAAAUGCAAUUAAUUUGCCUCUACCUGAGGAGUGGGAGUGUGUCGUACUGUCGUCUCACUCCAAACACAGCUCCAGUGAUUAAUACACUACAGUAGCUAUCUCCACCAAGCAGUACAGCAGAGCAGAGUACUAUCCCUACUCUCCCCACUUAGAGAGCUGCCUUAAUACACACUGACAGGCAUCACCUCGUCAUCUCGACUGUCCUCCAGGGCUGCUUAUGUAAGGCCUGUCUGCCUGGCUGAGGAGGAAGGAUGGUGAUCAGCAGUGGAAUCUAAACUAAAAAGGCUGUGUCCUUGGGAUUGACUAUGUGUUUUAUAGCCCCAGGCAGAGCAAUGUUAGGGUCAGACAUUAUUAUCCAGAGUUGUCCCUAGAGUUAGUCCUGGCUAUUUCCCUCAUGGGAAUCUCGGUCCUAUGCAAUUCCCAAUGGCAACCAGAAGCCCAUCAAAUGUCAUUCAAUGCCACCCCUGUCCAAUGUCAACAGUCCUCUUGCCCUUAAAUCCAUAACUUUGGCACCAACGCAAAGCUCUGAUUCCUUCUACACCAGUCAGAUAAGGACAGAGAAGUAAUGUAUAGGUAUCAUAUAUAAGGCUAUGGUAUCAAUGGGAUUGUAGAUGGAGGCAGUACCUCAGAGAUGCAUAUCCCCGCUCAAAUUAAUAGUCCAACACAGAGAGAGAGGCGAGCGCUGUGGGGAGUUACAGAGAUGGCAAGUUACACCCAGCCAGACAAAGUGAGAGAUUAGGCAGAGCUUUGCUGCUAAGACCUUUCCGCUGAACAGAGAGUCUGUAGAGGAGCCUUGAGAAGAGCAAUUCACUUUCAGCAGUCUCUGCCCUAAUCGACACAGACAGAGCAAACAGGGAAGCCAUGUUGGAUCGUACAGGGCUGCCAGGGCUCUAGGGUUACUUCAGUGAGGCUCCAACCCCUGACUCCUGGCUUCCACAAUUCGGCGCCCCUCUCCUGAGUGAUAUGGCUCGAUAGGCAGGUGGACACACUAGACAGACUGCCUACCUCCGGCAGGAACGGUCAUUACUACUCCCUCCCUCCUGGUGGUGGUUCUCAGUCACUGAUCAGAUCCCACUACAUCAGCAGAACAGCAUGGGUCUUGAUUUCCAUCAAGAAAUAAGUGAUAUGGAUCUUGGAAAUGCAACCAAACACAAUUCAUACUCAUUGAUGGUGUUCCUUGUAGUUUAGUCGCUUGGCCUUGGUCUCUCUAUAACUGUUGUAAUAGAACUGCACCCUACAGAUCUGUUGACUGUUGUAAUAGAACUGCACCCUACAGAUCUGUUGACUGUUGUAAUAGAACUGCACCCUACAGAUCUGUUGACUAUUGUAAUAGAACUGCACCCUACAGAUCUGUUGACUAUUGUAAUAGAACUGCACCCUACAUAUCUGUUGACUGAUGUAAUAGAACUGCACCCUACAGAUCUGUUGACUGUUGUAAUAGAACUGCACCCUACAGAUCUGUUGACUGUUGUAAUAGAACUGCACCCUACAGAUCUUUUGACUGUUGUAAUAGAACUGCACCCUACAGAUCUGUUGACGGUUGUAAUAGAACUGCACCCUACAUAUCUGUUGACUGUUGUAAUAGAACUGCACCCUACAGAUCUGUUGACUGUUGUAAUAGAACUGCACCCUACAGAUCUGUUGACUGUUGUAAUAGAACUGCACCCUACAGAUCUGUUGACUAUUGUAAUAGAACUGCACCAUACAGAUCUGUUGACUGUUGUAAUAGAACUGCACCCUACAGAUCUGUUGACUGUUGUAAUAGAACUGCACCCUACAGAUCUUUUGACUGUUGUAAUAGAACUGCACCCUACAGAUCUGUUGACGGUUGUAAUAGAACUGCACCCUACAGAUCUGUUGACUGUUGUAAUAGAACUGCACCAUACAGAUCUUUUGACUGUUGUAAUAGAACUGCAUCCUACAGAUCUGUUGACUGUUGUAAUAGAACUGCACCCUACAGAUCUGUUGACUAUUGUAAUAGAACUGCACCCUACAGAUCUGUUGACUGUUGUAAUGGCGCUAGAAAGCGUCUGCUAAAUGGCAUAUUAUUAUUAUUAUUAAGAGAGUGUCAACAUUCUGAAAGCAUUAGCUAAUCCUUUGUUUGUAUACGGCUGAAUUCCUUGGAAACCAUUCGGAGUAUAUCAACAGUCACCAAGAGACAUACUACUCCUAGUGUAGAUAUAACAGGCUCUGCUGGUCUGGUCUGUGGAGGCACUUCGAUCCACAGCCAGCCAGAGGAUGUUUUACCACUGCAAAAAUAACCCCUCUACAAAUUACAAUCCUUCCCUGCAGCCAAUGGAAAGGCAACAACAUGGGCAUGUGCGUGUGUGUGGAAUCUAUAUUAGAUAUAACAUCAGUGUGCCACACCACCCCUCCCAAACCAGCAUUGCCUUCCCCAAGAGCUACUGUACAAUCGAUGACACUGAGCAGGCAUCAGGUUUUUUUUUUAUAUGCUGGGCCCGGUCCUGAUCCACUAUUGUAGCAUAUAAUCUAAUUGGAGCUGGCAACCAAUUCCCUGCUGUGCUCUGGACGCAUGGCAGCCAGGAGUGAGAUACACGUCAAGGAACUCAAUGGCCUUGGCUUUAUAAAUCCUACUGCUUUUUUCUCCUCCUCUCCUUCAUUGCUGCUGUCCAUCUAACACAGCCUUUUUAGGAUGUCUCCAUACUCAACUAAGCAUGCCAAACAGGGCUGUGAGUCAGAGGGCUAGGACAGAUGGAGUAGGUCUGUCCACUGUUGAGAAUUUACAUGAUGUACGGUAUGUGUUUCCAUGUUUUCGUAGUAAUGGGUUGAUUCAGAUGCUGUCUUUGGCAGGAAAUGCCUGCUUUCUCACAGUGCUGAGGUGAUUACAUGGAGAAAUGCAGGAGUGCAACCCCAGUGCAUGUUGUGUUUGAAUACGGUUGUGAAAAUAAUGUAAACAACUGAAGAAGGUGUGGCUGCUGGUGGCUAUCAAAACAAAGUCAGCAUAUUUGAACUACACUCGCCCCAACCCUUCUCUCAUAAAAACCCAGUGUUAAUUACUUAAGUAUGAAUUAUUUAGUAUUUUAAUGACUCAAUGAAAUAUAAAUGGUCCGGAUCAAUAGGGCGCUCCAUCAGAGCAGCCUGGGGACUCCCCAUGGGGAGGGGGAUAGGACCAGGGAAGGGCUCCUAUUCUCCAGGCCAGACCACAUAGUGACACUGGGGUUGGACCACAGACACUGACCCAAAGCAGUAUGCUGCAUCAGCGCUAUCCUCACAGCACCCAGGAGAGAUGCAUUAGCCUAGCCAUCCACUGGUGCAUGGUUAACCUUCUGACCAGCAGCCACAUUUAUCAAAGGUGCAUAAGCACCAAAAAGACCAUCAUUGCAUGUGGUGCUUUUCCGCAAAGGUUGGUGUUUAUCCAAUUUUAACUUGACAGGAAAGUGUGCAUAUCUCCACGCAAAUUCUAGACCAUGUGUACGCACACCCUCUAGUGGUUGAAGAAUUGUAUUACAAGCAAACAUUGUUCUUUUGGGGGACAUUUAGGUGUUUGAGGAAACAUAAAUUAUAAAAAUGGUAGGCUAAUGAUGAAACAGAUGUUUUUGCCGUUGGUAAGGAGCUCGCAUAGCAGCAAUGGGUUUGUUUGACUUUUAUUAUAUGGGCCUAAAUCAUAAUCAUAUUUUCUGACAUGACUGUUUUAUUCCCGUUACACAACAAAUAUUUGGCUACCAUUUAUCCAUCAUCAUUCAAUAGCCAAGCAUGCUCGAAAGUAAAUUCACCGGUAGCCUAGACUGUAUAGUAGGUUGCAAUAUUUCUGUGACUGAGAUAGGAGCGCGACAUCAUAGCCUAUUUAAUCUCAGAGCCUAUACCAAGAUAGGAGAUAGAAACACAAUCAUCUAUUGACAAACUAAAUAUUGAACAACCAUUAGUAUUUUGCAUAGUGUGAGCUGUAGCAUUUACUUUUAAAAUGUUUGAAAAGCCAAUCAAUCAUGCAGAAUACGCAGCCAGUGUUUGCCACUCGCUAUAGGCGAUUAGGCGGCAUGCAUUAUUUGUUUGAAAAAGUCACUGCAAAAGAUUAAAACAUUCUGCCCACACCUCUAUUGCACUUUCCAACAUUUCCAAAUCAUACAGCAAAUGAGUUUUUUUUUAUUUCCAUAAAAUGUGAAUGAAUGGAGGGCGUUUUCCAGGCGGGGUUGUAGCGCUCAUUCACCAGCACCCAAAUAUAAUAUGGAUCUGAUUUAUCAAUGAAACAUGCGUAUGUUGCGUGCGACAGUUUGAUAAAUCCCAAUCAUUUGUGGCGCACACAAAUCCUAGAAUUUCCUCCUAUGCCAUAAUUUAGUAAGAAAUGUACGCACGGUUGAUCAAUUAGGUCCCUGGAGUUUGUACUGGUAAUGUGAGCUGGUCAGGGAAAACGCUAAACCCCAGCCAUUUAGUCUCAGUGGUGUGUGUGUGCAUACAGUAUGACGUGAUGUUCAAUCAAAGCAUUGGUAGACAUUGUUUUAUAGACAUUUGCGCCAUCUAGUGGUAUAUUACCUGACAUGCAUGUUGUUUUUGUAGACAGAGAAGCUUUCCGUUUCUGAUUCCAGUUCAAACCUAGACGAAUACAUCAGAUAAUUAUUUUUUUUAAAUUAGUCACAACAGAGAAAAAAAAAGUACAAAACAAACAGUUCACAAGAUAAUAAUAAUUUGUUCUUAAUUGACCUGCCUGGUACAAAUAAAAUAAAUCCACCACAGUAUGUCAAUGUUUUGCCUCUAAACAAACAGAAACUACUCUGUCACUGUGGUUCAAGCGUAAACAGACAGCUGUACUUUGGAGUAUGUGAGAGUGUGUCCAUAGUGUGUGUUUCUCUGCAUUGGGCAUUGUGAUACCAGAGUAUCAGAUCAGACAGGGAUGGCAAAAGUUGACCUAUUUCUCCUCUUAAGUGUGAUGCUGCUAGACUGCCGGCUGGGCUGGGGAGGUAAGUCCUACUCUGACUGCUGAUGGUUUCAGUAGGUUUCUCACUAGUAACAAGCUGACUCUCAGUUAUACACCAGCCGUAACUGUAAAAAACAGCCUUACCAUCUCCCUCUGGCCUUCCAGCCCCAGUGUUCCUGUCGGGCCAGGCAGCAGACAGCGUGCUGAGGAGACAGAGGCGCCACAACACAGGGAUGUUCGAAGAGAUGUUAUGGGGGAACCUGGAGAGAGAGUGUCUGGAGGAGAGGUGUGACCUGGAGGAGGCCAGGGAGACCUUUGAGAAUGAAGAGAAGACAGUGAGUGUGUGUGGAUGUGUGAGGACGUGUGUGUGUGGUGGGGUUAGACUCCACCUUGAAUACAGUAUUGUGUAAUGAAUGGGUUAACUUAUGAUAUUCUGAAGAUUCUGUAUUUAUUUUUCAGAUGGAGUUUUGGGUCGGUUAUGAAGGUAAGGCUUUGCUUAAUGAUUAACUGCCAACUGUGUUGGCACAGACAGAGAGGAUUAAGCUGUGACUCAGAGCUGUGUGUGGUGUGUACUGUGUAGGUUUCAAACUGUAGUGUUUAGCAGUAUGAAACUUAGUGUAACGUCAAUUGUGUCAAUAAUUCUCCAUUAUGUCUCAGAUGGGGACCAGUGUAAGUCAUCCCCCUGUCUGAAUCAGGGCUCCUGUAAAGACCAGAAGGCCUCCUAUACCUGCAGCUGUCUACGAGGCUUCACUGGGACGAACUGUGAGAUAGGUACAGUAAUAACAUUGUAAUGGCCUUGACAAAUGUCCUCCAUUUCACUCGGUUCGGGCCAGGUUUGUCCAGCUCAUACCAGUUGAGGACGGUCUAUGCAAUCUCUGCCUGGACGUCACUCCUAAAACAUUACAAUAACACGGUUGUAAAACCACAUGUUGGCCAUGACAAUCGAAACCAUACUUACUUAUUCUAUUUGUUAUAUUAUGUAACAUUAUUUAACAUGCCUCAUCUCUUUAGACGUGGGUUGAUGAUGCAGGUUUCUCCCCACAGUAACAGCCAGGCAGUGUGAGAUAAAUAAUGGAGAAUGUAUGCACUUCUGUGAGAGCCUGGGCAUCUUUGGGGCAGAGUGUAGCUGUGCAGAGGGCUACAAGCUGGCACAGGAUGGAGUCAACUGCAAACCUGAAGGUAACCACAACAUUCACACGUCUUGUCAUACAUUUACCAUAAUCUUACUAAAGUACUGUGUAGCAACACGUUAAUACAGUAGUGUGAUUACAACGUUACUAUAUUGGUGUAGAGUAACUUGAUGUAUAACUUGAUGUAGUGUUACCAUCAGUCCUCCUUACUUUGGAUCUGUAUGUCGCCAGUGGCGUUCCCUUGUGGCAGAGACAGGCGGACUGUGAUCGCAGAAAUGUCUAGGAGAUCAUUACUGGCCCUGCAGAAUACAACAUCAGAUGCCAACGUCACUACAACCCCCUCCCUCACCCCAGCCCCAGUCAAUACCACCACAGCCCCUCCUCCCAGAACCACAGCCUCUAGAAUAGCCCCGUCUCGCAUCAGGCGGCCCCUCAGGGUGUAUGGUCCUCAGCACACCAGGCUCCCCGUCGAAGAAAACAACUCCAGAACACGUAUUGUAGGUGGCAACACAGUCACCCCUGGAGACAUCCCAUGGCAGGUAAGAGAUGAGAAGAUACCUUGAUGCACUAUGCACGGGUAUGUGUAUGUUUAAGUGUCUUUGGGUCUUUGGAAAGAGCUAUAUACAAUCCAUAUAUUAUUAUUACCAUGUAAAGGCCGAUGUAUGUAACGGGCCCUCCUUGCUCUCUACUCCCCCAGGCAGCUCUGGUGCAGAGGCCCAGUGGUCAGGUGUUCUGUGGGGGCUCUAUCCUCAGUCAGCUGUGGGUCAUCACUGCUGCCCACUGUCUGGUGGAGGGACAGCAGGGAUCCUUUUUCGUCAGAGUGGGUAAGGCACAAUUCCGCGUUGUUUUUUUUUUAGCUCAACUACAGUACGUUUUCACUACUUUACACAGGACCGGGUUUCUAAGUGUAUGGUGUGUAUCUAUUUCAUUGUAUCUAUGACUAAAACUACAUUCUCUACUAGGAUGAUUAAUAUUGAUUGAUUACUAGAUUGCUUAAUUUAUUGAGUUAUUGUACCUCUCCAGGGGAGCAUAACAUCUAUGCCAUAGAGGGCAUGGAGCAGGACCACGAGGUGUCGAAGCAGUACAAACAUCCGCUCUAUGACUCCCAGCAGAGUCUGUACAACCACGAUAUCGCCCUGCUGCGCCUCCACACCCCCAUCACCUUCUCCUCCCACACCAGACCCAUCUGCCUGGGGCCCAAGGUCUUCACCGAGGACCUGGUGAAGGAUCAGUCCCCGGCUACGGUCAGCGGCUGGGGUCGCACACGCUUCCAGGGGGCCACGUCUCACACAUUACAGAAGGUAGAGGUGCCAUUUACAGAGAGGACACAGUGUAAGGAGAGCAGUAGUGCCCGUAUCACCAAGUAUAUGUUCUGUGCCGGCUAUGCUCACGUGGCCAAAGACUCGUGCCAGGGGGACAGCGGGGGUCCCCAUACCAACCGUUACCAUGACACCUGGUUCCUGACAGGGAUAGUGAGCUGGGGGGAGGAGUGUGCCAAGGAUGGGAAGUAUGGGGUGUACACCAGAUUGUCGCAUUACUAUAGAUGGAUACGUCAAGUCAUGUUAAUGACCAAGCGCAUGCUGCAUGACGUCCUGGAUGACUAAACCCUGACCUUUGACCCUUAGGGCCCACGCUGGCCUGUUUUGUUCCAGGUCUUAUGGGGGUUCAAUCAAAAGAUGUGUCCAUUUGGUAUUCAAAGAGAGAGCUUCAUCUUGCAGCUUCUUACAUCCAUCUGCUGGUGAAGAUACACUUUACAUGAUAGAGACCUGUAUGGCGAACAGAUGCCUAUGCCUACUGAACAUAUAUUAUACUUAUUCAGAAAACCAAAGCUAUAAUUUACUGGCAAAUGGCUGUAUGCAAGCAACUAACACUGCUUUAUGGUAUUCUACUAUAGAAAAAAACAAACUCUAAGGCGUAGAACAAACCUGUAUUAUUUCAAUAAAUACUUUAUUUGUUCUAUAUACAAUACUGAAGCUGUAUAAAAAAGCAGCCAAUCAACAACAAUGACUGUAGAGCAAUAAUACAAACCUGAAACCUGCCAUGUUCAGUCAUUAUUCAGUUAGCCAUGCUAUUUUCUCCUAUGAGAAACACUUAGCAACCAGCUUACAGCGCUUGUCAAAGACACACAGCAUUUUCAAGCAUAUUUUUGUCUCUAUUUUUGAACAUCACAAUUCAGUGCAAAAUGUGCAGCAUUUUGGAUCAGAGGAGCCCCCCAAAAAAGAAAACCCAGCUAAUUCUGCCAUAUGAGGAGGAGAGAAACCUAUUGAUGCAAUGCGUGGCAGUAAAGCAGGACUCCAUUAAGGGUAUAUAGAUAUCAUUUCACGGGGCUGCAUAGCUGCCUACUGCCGCAAAGUAACAACUUGAUAGCAAAAUAAAUGAAUUAAUAAGAAGACAUUAGUAGUGUGGAGCUGCGCUCCCGCUGCUUUCCAGGCUCAUUUCCACAUCAAACGCAGCAUAUCAAAGGCAGGCCUCCGACUGGGCCUUGAUUUGAUAUAGUCAAUUCAUAUAAAUCCGCAAUCAAUAUUUAAUUAAGCGUUCGACACAGUGGGUACAUUUCAUGUUUGCUGUAUGAUCCUGUUUAAUGGGAAGCCUAAGAUUAAUUGCAACGGCGAUGGAGGAGAGGAGUAGAGGAAGAGAGAGAUUGCCAUAUCCCCCCCC